CACACAUGCUGUGCCAUGUCAAACAUGGCAAGGCCCGUACCGAAUUUUCACUGGCGUGAUAUCGGGUUGCCAACGUACGAGAUUUCGUUGAUGAGCUUGGGACUUCGGGCUUUAGACAUUCCCACAAGAACUCGGUCGCUCUAGCCCCAACCUCGAUCAACAGGGCCCCUGGCCCUACUCGUAUCUCAAGUCCAUCAGAUCGGCGCCGGACAACAUAUCCAAUAUCCGGGCACCCGCUCAGACGAGACCCCGUAGCAGUACCAAGUGGUCGUCGGUCUCGUGCCUCUGUUCAUCCUCCCCAAUUGUUCCAGCAUAGCAUGUACAGACCCUGGCUGAUGUGUCAAUCCGGUGCGUCGCUGCGAGCAUCACGAGCGCUAUCAGCUUCAUGCGCGGGCCCAGUCCACGAUCGACUCCGCUCGUCGUCUGUGACUGAUAUCCUGUCCUCCACCGCUUUCACCUCCUCGGAGAAGGGGCCAGAACAACACGGAUCACAUGCCUUCUGUCUCUUCAGUCCCCUCGUUCCUCAUCAAUAGGUCAUUACCUUCGAAAAUUUCCAGGCCUCGUCGUCACCAAUGUCUCGGAAUCGCUUUCGUGUACGAUUAGAGCCACGAGACGAAGCCGGUACAAGUGCCAACACGUCCUCGGACGACGUUGGCGCACCCCCUCCAACGCUCGAAUCCCAAGUUCGAGUAUUUUCGACCAAAGGCAAGGAUGAUUGGAUCCUCCGAAAGCGGAAAGUGAGAGCUCCACAUCCCCGUCGCAAGACGACUGCCACGCCGCCUGCCAUAAAACAGGAGAAAUCGCCGGAAGAUGGACUAUCGAACUUGACAUCUUCUGACCCGAAGGAUGACAAAGAGGAGGAUUCCACGACACAGAGACGUCGCAAGAAUCGUCGGAGCAGGAGCUCAGCCAGCCUCACAGACGAGUCGACCAAGACCAUUCCUCCCAGAGUGACGGCACAAAGUCAAACAUCGUCGUCAUCAUCAUCGGCGGCCGAUUCGAUUCUAGAUGAUCUUCGCUCGCACCCUCAUUCACUCACCGUUGAGGAACAGAACUUCGUCAUCAAGUGGCUCCAAUUUCAGGCAACAGCCGCCUGGGGCAGCAAUAGCACUGGCCGAUUCUGUCCGUGCCGGGACAUUGCGUGGCGGGGUAUCCAGAUGUAUCCGGCAGGCGGCCUGCCAUGGACUCUGAUAUUCUGUGACAUGUUCUUGUCCUGGUCUCGACGCCAGCCAUUGCCACAGAGGCUGCAUCAGCGGAAAGCAUUAGCAUACAAGUACAUCGCGAAACUGUUGGCAGACCCCCAAACACAGGCUUCGGACGAGGCUCUGCUCUGUGUCUGUCUAGCAAUGUCGGCCGACGCUCGCUCGUUGAGUCCUGAGAUCAACAGAGUCCAUCUCAAGGGCCUGGCACAGAUGAUUGCCAAACGUGGAGUGGGCUCCCUGUUCUCGACGGUGUGCUUCAUGUUCCAUCCCAUGUUUUCCUUGGCGUAUUUUGCGAUGGCCGAGCUUGAAGCCACCAGCAUGUUGGAUGUUCGAGGUGCUGCCGAAAAGUUCCUCGGGACAUUGCAAUCGAUGCAACAAGACGGCCGCAGAUCACAGUCAGACGCUAUGCACCGUCGAAGAAGUGAUGAUGUCUCAGAGGGCGGCGUCCCGAAUCAAGACAUAGACAGUCGGUCCGGAUCCUCAGUAUCAAGCAGUCUCUGGUCGGUCGCAAUGGGCAAGUCGGCAAUCAAUCACGCUGUGGAGGGCGUCUUGGCGAACCCUCGAAGCAAGACUCCCUCAAUCCAGCAGGACCUUUCUCUGUUCCUCAAUCUGUACCUUCUGAAUCUCAUUUUGUGGGAUUUCCUCGAGUGGCCCGACAGUGCCGCCGUAUUUCUGCAGCAACUCUCAAUUCAUGCAGAUAAUGCCCGGGUGAGGCUCGAGAUGACCGUCUGGCUGCUUGCAAAGUCAUGGGUCGACGCGGAUGAAAUCUCUCAGCGGACUGAUGGCGGAGCCAAGAAAGAGGUGUUCCUGACCGAGGCCGUCAUUGAUGCUCUGAAAAUAUUCAGCCGGAUCCCAGAUGAGUCAAAGGAAAAGUUGAUCCUUGUAUUGUCAUCAUGGUUGUUUGGUUGUGGUGAUGAAGAAGAUGGGGGAGGGGGAGGACCGGAGGGAAUAGAUGCAGCGGUCACCAAACCUGAAGAAGGCCCUUCGUCUUUCAAGGCCAGAAAUGCGCCUGGUCGACUUGGUGCUGGCUCAGAUGGGACUCCGGAGCGGUCGGUUUCGGCGCAAAGGAGUGCUGCUGAUCAGAAAAGGCCGGGGAAAGAUAUAGAUCCCAAACUGGUCACCCCACCGCAUCAGGCGCAGGUGCAGGUGCAGAGUGCGGGGAUCACGUCCAAGGCAUUCAGAUACCUCAGCGAUCAAGACUUCGGGGGAAUAAUGGCAGAGGCGUGCAGUGACUGGUAUGAGAAGAACGUCAGCAAAAGACCACUGCCACCUAUGCCCAUGAUCUCGAUACCACCGACGUCACCGCCGCAGCGCCAGCAGCAGCGCCAGCGCGCACACCCGCGGGAGGGGAGAUCGGCCUAGAUAAAAAGCGCUUUCUUUGGGCUUAAAGCUAUCGAUGUCUCUGUCUGGACACUGGUCCUCUUCGCAUCGUCUGUUCCAUUUUCCUCGUCUUUGGGAAGAUGGCCGAGUUUGCCAGUGCCGGGUUAGAGUUGAGUUCGGACGGGGAGAUUGAAGUGCUUGCUGUUGCUUUGUUACCUGAACAGUACGCAGUAUGCGUGGCCGCCAACCCCGGCCGAUCCUUCCCACCCGGAGCUUCCCUCUCUUUCUCCCUCCUGAAGAUGGGACGGGCGGAUCGCUGUGUCCCGGAAAAAAACGUCAGUUGCGGUGUGGUCGUGGUCGUGGUGGCGGUCGCGUCACUGUGUCAGGCCACGGAGAAAAAUGCUAUCAGGGAUUGGGAUUGGAGUUGGGAAGCAUAAAUUACCCAAAGAGGAAACUUUGACACUCCUAACCUCGUAUUGGAUCCACCACAACCACCACCACUGCCACCGCUCAAGGAUUCAGGAUCCAGGUAUUCGGACGGGGGGAGCCCCGGCGCCUUUUUAUCAUGGUUUCUAUUGCUCGGUACUGAGUAUGUAUCCAUCGAUCAGCGCGACUUUGCUCACCUCCUUCCUCUUUC